AUGGGACCCUUGAUUGAUUAUAUGGGAACCUCUGGGCCUCGCGCCCUAAGGAUCGAGCUGACAGCAACCGUAUCUGAGGCUGUGAGGGGAUCUCUGUGGAAUCUACCUGCGCCACGAUCAGAUGAGGCAAUGAACCUUCAUGUGUUCCUAACGACGAUCAAUGUUCCAUCUUCUGAAGCAUCACCGGAUUUCUUCUCAUGGACAGUUGAUGGAGAUAAACUUCAGACUUUCAGCUCAAGUAAAACAUGGAGCAUAGUCAGAGAAAGACAGCCUAUCCGUUCAUGGCACAAGAUGGUUUGGUUCAAAGGUCAUAUUCCAAAGCAUGCCUUCACUAUGUGGGUUUCUGUUCUAGAUAGGUUGCCUACCCGCAAUCGACUGGCUUCAUGGGGAAUGCUAACGCCCAUCUCAUGUUGCCUCUGUUCCUCUUCGGAUAAAUCUAGAGAUCAUAUAUUUGCUGAAUGUGAUUUCACCAAGGAGCUCUGGAGACGAAUGCAAGCUAAGUUGUCUGGUACAACCACCACUUUUGACUCCUGGCCUCAGCUGUUGGCUUGGUGUUCUCAGAAUGUCAGCAAGUCACAGAGAGCUCUGAGGAAUAUCGCAGUCCAAUCUAUAAUCUACAACAUUUGGGCUGAAAGAAAUGACAUGAUUUUCAACAACAAGGUGCUCACUCAGCUGGAACGCUUCAAGCUUGUUGAUAAGAAUGUCAGGAACAUAAUUUCUGCUCGAAAGACCCGGAAGGAGUUCAAGCAUCUCAUGGUCCUUUGGUUGGUUUAA